AUGCUGUACUGCUCUUUAAUAUCGCUGCUAGCUGGCGGAGCUGUCGCGGCCGAUUCGUACAACAACCUGCACAACCACGAACAUGCCAAACUUAUGGGCAAAGAGGUGCAGGGUAAGCAGGUGUCUCAUCUUUUCCGUCGUGAUGGAACCUGUUCGUUCCCCAAUCACGACGGCAUGGUUGCUGUCCAGUCAGACAGCAAAAACGCCGGAUGGGCAAUGAGUUGGGACCAAGCAUGCAGCUAUGGAAGCUGGUGUCCAUAUGCUUGCAGCCCGGGCCAGUUAGCCGGUCAAUGGGACCCUGAAGUCACAAGCUACACGUAUCCUGGCUCCCAGUACGGUGGAUUGUACUGCGACGAAAACGGGAAUCUGCAAAAACCAAUCUCUCAAAAUGAUUACUGCUACGACGGUAAGGGCACCGUGAAGGCCAAAAACAACGCUGGAUCGGACGUUCCUUUCUGUCAGACCGUUCUUCCAGGUAACGAAGAAAUGUUGAUCCCAACGCUAGUGGACAGCGGAUCUGAGGAGACUUUGGCGGUACCGGGAACCGAGUACUGGGCUAAAACUGCAGCUCACUACUACAUCAACGCACCGGGAACAAGCGUGGCGGACGGUUGUAAAUGGGGCUCUUUGGACAACCCUAGAGGAAACUGGGCGCCAUACGUUGCCGGUGCCAACAUGGACGACUCUCAAAACACGUAUGUGAAGAUCGGAUGGAACCCAAUCUACUUGGAGGAUUCUUGUCCCUUCAAGAACACCAAGCCUUCGUUCGGUGUUAAGAUUACUUGCGAUGAUGAGUCCCAAUGUGUUGGUUUGCCAUGCUCGAUUGAUCCCUCCCAACAAAACGUCAACGAGGUUAGCGGCCAGGGUUCUGCCGGCGCUGGCGGUGCCCAAUUCUGCGUCGUGACCGCCCGUAACGGUGCCAAGGUCAACAUCGAGGUUUUCGAGACUUCUUCUGGCAACGCCAAGCGUGACGUUCCUCACCAUGCCCACAACAAAAGAGGCCAACGCACUGUCAUCAGCACUAUGACAGUUUAA